AUGGACGCCCUGGAUGAGCGACUGCAGAGCGACAGCGAUCGCAUGAAGAUCCACAAGGCAGUGGCUAGUUCCAAUUAUCUAUUUAUGGUUUAUGCAGUGCUUUAUAUCAGCUAUACGGUGUCUGUGUUUGUGGUCGGCCUGGCAAAUGGCCUGCCGCCCUGGAUGAUCUACAAUCCGUUCUUCGAUUGGCGCAAAGGCGUGGCCAGCUUGUGGCUGCACGCGAUUCUCGAGUAUAUUCUGAUGCUAUCGAUGACCAUAUUGGUGAUCAUCGUAGACACAUACACUGUUGUGUUUGUAAUUAACUUUCGAGCCCAUAUCGAUGUGCUGAAGGAUCACAUUCGUAAUCUGCGCACCGACCCACUGCAAUCAGAGGCCGAGAACUAUGAUGAACUGGUCUGCAACAUUAUUUAUCACAAGCUAAUACUUCAAUGCUGCAACUUAAUGCGUCCAGUUAUGUCUAAAACCAUUUUCAUACAGUUUCUACUGGUCGGCGUCGUACUGGGUGUGACUAUGAUAAAUGUCUUAUAUUUCUCUGGGUUAUUUCGUGCGAUUUCCUCGAUCUUAUUUGUCGCGGCCCUGCUGUUUGAGACCUUUCCCUUUUGCUAUCUGUGCGAUCAGCUUGUCAAUGAUUGCCACGAAUUGUCAAAUCUGCUGGGUGAAUCGCAUUGGAUCGAUGCAGAGCCCAAAUAUAAGUCCACGCUGAAGUUUUUCAUGCACAACGUGCAACAGCCGAUUAUCUUUACUGCUGGCGGCAUUUUUAGCAUCUCACUGAACAGCAAUAUUAAGGUGGCCAAGUUUGCGUUCAGCGUGAUGACUAUAGUUCAGCAAAUGAAUCUGGCCGAUCGAUUUAAAUAA